GUGUGGCGGACAUGCAGCUGAACGGCGCCGCUGACCUCGGGGCGUCGCAAACGCUCGCCGAACUCGAAGCCAUUGAGGUUGACGAGGAGACCAUCGGGUGGACUGAGGCUGCCGCGGCUGCCAACGCUGCCGGCACGCCCAUCCCAGGCGUCCGGACGCCGACAGCGCCAGGCCUGCCAUCGCCAUCACCCUUGACGACACUCAUCGAGCACGAGAUCUUGCAGUUCUUCGAGCUCGUGCAGGCCGCCCGGAGCGUGGACGGUCCGAUUGUCGUCCCGCGUUCCCUGGACUCCCGGGCCGACUUCGUCAUGGUCCUCCGCUCGCUCGCCUACGCCCCCUCGGCCGCGGACGCCUGGAGCGUCCUCGGCCUUUCGCCAAUCGAAGGCCCAGACAUGACUCUGAAUACCAUCGAGGCCCGCCUCCGCUUCGCGAAGCUGCUGGCCUCCAUGAUCGAUGGUGCAGCGUGGCUGGAAGCGGACAAAAUAGAGACCCAUAGGGACAUCCAGGCGAUCGCGACUGCCGCGGCGACCUGCUCCGCAUUGUUCGACCUGUGGGCCCGCGAGCGCAAGCGGACGCGGCCGUCCAAGCUUCCGCUGUGGUGGGAGUUGGGCAGCCGAGCACUCCAGGCCGUUCUGGACACCGCCCCAAGCAACAUGGAGGUCGCAUGCACGCAGUGGUCGUCCUUGCUGGACACCAGCGCGAUCCGCGCCCUCCCCCAGCUCCAGGGACGGGUGGCGCCCACGGAUGCCGCCCGCUUGCUCGCAGACCUCGCGGAGAAGGGCGACCCCAGCUUCUGGGACACCGUGCAGAGCACUGGGAGGCCCAUCUCGCUUUGGGCGCCCUCGAACGCCUCCGCCCUCGGCCGCCUCCUGUCCGCACUGCUCCGGCGUGGCUCGAACAAUCCCUGCGAGUACGUCCGCUUCAUCGUGCCGCUGGACCUCUUCCACGGCUGCGCCACCGUCGAGAGCAUCUGCGACCUGUGGUGGCACGACCUCAUGAGCGAGAAGUGGGCCGCCCUCCGUCGCCGCAUCGAGUUCCACCCCCAGCCGGUGGAGUUUGUGUCCCCUGGUCCGGCAGGACCGCGGCACGAGCUUCGAGGGCUCGCGAUCUUCACGGUCUCAACAUCCCUCCUCCGGGAGUCCCCUAAGAUCAGCGAGCUGGAUACCCCCGUGCUCGAGGUCGCGCCCUCGCCCACAUACCUCGUGGAUUUUCCGUCGAUCCUGGGGGCGGAGGUCAUGAACGUUUUGUGCAGCGCGCUCGGCGGGUUCGGUCCGACUGGAACGAUCGGCAGGAUUUACCGCAGCCCAGGAUAUACGGACGAGACUCCCAGGGGCCGAGUCGAGGUACGUUUCGCCCACGCCGCCUCGCGCCUCGACCAGGAGCUCUUCAUGCGCCACGCCCGCCGGCUCUUGCCAGCAGGCGUGAGUUUCGCUUCCGCGGCUAUCUACACGGACCCAGGCUCCCUCAUCGCGGAGCUCGGCCACGCGGACGCGCUCAUGUCGAUCUGGGCGCUCUGCUCCGGAGCCCUCUUCUUGAACAAGUCCACCCUCCUCCUAACGACGGAGGCGUCCGCCGACACGUGGCAGCAGGCCAUGGAUACCACGAUGCGCAACGACCCAGACACGGCAGUCUACAAGCUGAAAUGGCGCCCGUCCCGCCAUGGAGGGCGCCCAUUCGCCAUGCCCUCGGCGCUUCCCGCGAGGAUCGCCGCGACGCGUCGGGCCAAGCAGACCCGCGGGACCUCCUCGGCGGCCCAGGCCAUCACGGACGUCGAGAUCAAGGGUCACCUCCACGCCGACGAGCACGCGCUGGUCCGUGCCUUGGUCACGCACCUGGUCGGCCAGACGGGCAUCCCGCUCACCGAGCUGCAGGAGGAACGCGGGCACCGGGCAGGCAAGUGGCAAUGGCUGGCCGCCGCCGACCCCUCAGCGCCGCCUGGCCGGUUCCGUCUCUACUUGCAUGACCUGGAGGAGGUGGCUCGGGUUCGAGCCACCCUGCACGACAAGGCGGUGAGGGUCGGCAUGGACACUUUCCGCGUGCAGGUCUUCAACGAUCUGCAAGACAGGGUGCAUGGUUCAGGCUGCAUGACCUUCAUGCUCGACGUCGUGUUGCACCUGCUGGACGGCCUCCUGUCCACCAGCCGCGACGCCAGCGUCCCCAGCAUGGAUAAUUCGCAUUUUGCUGCCGCCGCCGCCGACUACCUCCCCACCCUCCUGCCCGCGCCCAUCGACGAGCAAGUUUCCUGGUUGUCCAACCGCAGCAACGUCCCCGUCUCCAUCCUCCAGAAG